AUGCAGUUCAGAGUGUUUCUCAUGAGUUCGUGCUGUUCUUCUGCACUCUGGCCCCGCCCUCCAGCCCUGGCCCCGCCCUCCAGCUCGAGCCCCGCCCCUGUGGCUCUCCUCUUUGAUGCGCUCCGUGCUUCUGUCUGCAGUCUGUCAGAGGCUGUGUCUGUGGCUCGGUCCAGGCUCGGUCCCGUCACAGCCGCUCUCCGCCGCUCUCCGCCGCUCUCCGCCGCUCUCCGCCGCUCUCCGGAGACAUGCCGCUCUUCCAAACACACUGGGAUUAUUGCUCCAGCUUGUUCUGCAGGUGAGAGCUCUGAGCCUCAUGCAGGGAACGGGAUUCUUUUAUGUGUUUUCAAACCAGAUAAAUGCACUGAGUAG